AUGGUGCUGAAGGAAGAUCAGUACCUGGUUAAAAUACUACUCACAGCUGGCAGAAAGGCCAAGAAAAUGGCUUCAGAUAGGGUUCUCCAGAAGGUUUUAAAUGAACAUAAGAUCACUCUGACGAGGAGAUGUGAAUGUGUGACUGAAGGAACUGAUGAAACAGGAAGUGGAACCCUCCUCAACAGCAUAUACACUGAGCUCUACAUCACAGAGGGACAGAGUGAAGAGGUUAAUACCCAACAUGAGGUGAGGCAGCUUGAGACAGCUUCCAAGAUGAAGACCCUCCAUGACACUCCAAUCAAGUGCCAGGACAUCUUUAAAGCCUUACCUGACCAACAGGGACACAUCAGAGUCGUUCUGACGAACGGCGUCUCUGGCGUUGGAAAAACCUUCUCAGUGCAGAAGUUCACUCUGGACUGGGCAGAGGGCUGGGAAAACCAAGAUGUCAGUCUGGUGGUUCUGCUUUCGUUCAGGGAGCUGAACUUGAUCAGAAAUGAGCAGUACAGUCUUCUCAUGCUGCUCCAUGUUUUCCAUCCAACAUUACAGAAAGUCACAGCAGAGAAGCUCGCUGUCUGUAAAGUUCUAUUCAUCUUCGACGGCCUUGAUGAAAGCAGACUUUCACUGGAUUUCCACAACAAUGAGGUUGUGUCUGAUGUCACCCAGAAGUCAUCAGUCAACGUGCUGUUGACAAACCUCAUCGAGGGGAAUCUGCUUCCCUCAGCUCUCGUCUGGAUAACUUCCCGACCUGCAGCAGCCAAUCAGAUCCCUCUUCCAUGUGUUGACAGAGUAACAGAAGUACGAGGCUUCACUGACGCCCAGAAGGAGGAGUACUUCAGGAGGAGAUUCAGUGAUGAAGAGCUGUCCAGCAGAAUCAUCUCACACAUCAAGACAUCCAGGAGCCUCCACAUCAUGUGUCUAAUCCCAGUCUUCUGCUGGAUCACUGCUACAGUUCUGGGCCACAUGUUGACUACAGACAAGAGAGGAGAGCUGCCCAAGACCCUGACUGACAUGUACUCACACUUCCUGGUGGUUCAGACAAAGAGGAAGAAGCAGAAGUAUGGUGAAGGACAUGAGACGAGUCCACAGAAGCUGACAAAGACUGACAUGGAAGUUCUUCUGAAGCUGGGGAGGCUGGCGUUUGAACAGCUGGAGAAAGGAAACAUCAUGUUCUACCAAGAAGACCUGGAGCGGUGUGGUCUUGAUGUCACAGAGGCCUUGGUGUGCUCAGGAGUUUGUACAGAGAUCUUCAAGAGAGAGUGUGUGAUCUUCCAGAAAACAGUCUACUGCUUUGUUCAUCUGAGCAUUCAGGAGUUUCUGGCUGCAGUCUACAUGUUCCACUGUUACACAAACAGCAACAAAGAGGUACUGGAGGACUUCCUGGGAGAAGACUGCAAGCACAGAGAGUCAAACCAAAAUUCUUUUUUCAAGAACAUCUCAAAGUGUUUUGGAAACAAUGAUAGUCGUGGCCCAUCUCUGGAUGUCUUCCUGAAGAGAGCCAUGGAGAAAUCCCUUGAAAAUAACAUUGGUCACCUGGACCUGUUUGUUCGCUUCCUUCAUGGCCUCUCUCUGAAGUCCAACCAGAAGCUCUUAGGAGGCCUGCUGGGUCGGACAAAGAGCAGUUCAGGAAGCAUCCAGAGAGCCAUCAACAACCUGAAGGCGAUGAACAGAGAUAAUGUCUCUCCUGACAGAAGUAUCAACAUCUUCCACUGUCUGACGGAGAUGAACGACCAGUCGGUACAUCAGGAGAUCCAAGAGUUCCUGAAGUCAGAGAAUAGAUCAGAGAAGGAACUCUCUGAGAUCCACUGCUCAGCUCUGGCCUACAUGCUGCAGAUGGCAGAGGAGGUUCUGGAUGAGUUGGACCUGAAGAAGUACAACACAACAGACGCGGGACGACGGAGACUGAUUCCAGCUGUGAGGAACUGCAGAAAAGUUCUACUUUGUGAAUGUGAACUCUCAGAUAUUUACUGUGAAGUUGUGGCAUCAGCUCUGAAGUCCAACCCCUCCCAUCUGAGAGAGCUGGACCUGAGUCGCAACCACAACAUGCAGGAUUCAGGAGGGAAGCUGCUUUCUGCUGGACUCGAGAGUCCAAACUGUAGACUGGAGAGUCUGAGAUUGAGUGACUGCAGGUUGUCAGAGAUCAGCUGUGCAUCUCUGGCCUCAGCUCUGAAGUCCAACCCCUCCCAUCUGAGGGUCCUGGAUCUGAGUAAAAACAACCUGCAGGAUUCAGGAGUGAAGCUAAUAUGUGGUUUUCUGGAGAGUCCACACUGUAGACUGGAGACUCUGAGUUUGUGGAGCUGCAGGUUGUCAGAGAUCAGCUGUGCUUCUCUGGUCUCAGCUCUGAAGUCCAACCCAUCCCAUCUGAGAUACCUGACUCUGAGUGACAACAAGCUGCAGGAUUCAGGAGUGAAGCUACUUUGUGGUUUUCUGGAAAGUCCACUCUGUAGACUGGAGGCUCUGGGAUUGAAGGACUGCAGGUUGUCAGAGAUCAGCUGUGCUUCUCUGGUCUCAGCUCUGAAGUCCAACCCCUCCCGUCUGAGAGACCUGGAGCUGAGUGGAAACGAGCUGCAGGAUUCAGGAGUGAAGCUCCUGUGUGGUUUUCUGGAGAGUCCACACUGUAGACUGAAUACUCUGGGAUUGAGGAGCUGCAGGUUGUCAGAGAUCAGCUGUACUUCUCUGGCCUCAGCUCUGAAGUCCAACCCCUCCCAUCUGAGAGAGCUGUAUCUGAAGAACAACGACCUGAAGCAUUCAGGAGUGAAGCUGCUGUCUGAUCUUGUUGAGAGUCCAAACUGUAUACUGGAGACCUGGGAGUGA